AUGAGCAGUGGAAGAAAACAACAAAAAAAACGACAACGUCAGUCGUCUCCACCGCCACCACCGUCAUUUAAAUCUCAUUUAGCUCAACGAUUCCAAAGAUUACGUAGUGGACAACGAGAUCUAUGGGCAGACGAUGAUAAUACUACUACUCAAAAACGUAAACAAUCGAAAACAACAAAUAAUAAAAGAACAUAUAUUACUUUAUCAGAUUCCGAUGAAGAACAAUCAUCACAACGACGAUUACGUAAUACGAAAUCAGGAAAAAAACUAUCACGAAAUCAUGAUGAAAAUAUUAAUAAAAAUACAACAUGUUUAAUUUGUUCAAUUUUAUCUCAAUUAUCAUCAUAUAAUUGUUGUUCAGAACAUUUAUCUAUUCUUAAAAAUCAUACAGAUCAUCAACAACAAACAACAAAUUCUUCAUGGUUACCAAAUAAAGUUAUGAUUGUACCUGUAACAGAUGAAAUUAUUCAACAUUAUCUUGAUCCACAACAAAUUUAUAAUUUACGAACACAAACAACAUCAACAUCAAUAACAAAUAAAAAAACAUCUGAACAUUCGACAUCAACUUUGAAAUCUUUGAAUAAAUCAACAAUGACAUUAGAUCUUUCUGAUAUAGAACAAUCAGAAAAAAAUAUUCCAAAAUCAGCAAUACAUUCUUCUCAUAUGGAUAUUGAACCACUUGCUUCAACUAUUGUCAUAGAAUCAGCAUGUUCAAAUUCAGAAACAAUUCAACCUGAUUUAAUAACUACAACUGUUACAUCAUCUUCACCAAUAUCAACAAUAAAUACUAUCGAAAAAAUAACUACUAUUGAUAAAAAUUCAUUACAACAAUCACCUAUUGAAAUGAUUGUUAUUGAUGAUACUCCAACUGAUAAUCAACAAGAACAUACAACAAUAAAAUCUAUGAAUAAUAAUAAACCAAUUGAUCCAUGGAUUCCGAUUAGUGAUGAAGUUGAUGCUGCUCUUGAACAUGUUCUUAUUCAAAUUGAUUCAUCUAAUGAAACUCCACUUGAAUUUACACCAACAACAGCUCGACGAACAGAUACAGAAACCAUGGCUGCUCUUUUACCGAAAAUACCAUUAAAACAAGGACGAUUUCGUUCUGGUAAACCAAUCAUGAAUCGUUCAAUAUCGAAUGCAGCUAAUGAAUAUCGACCAUUAUCAACUACUCAAUCUUCUCCAUUACCAACAUCCGUUACUACUACUACCACUACAAAUCAUUCACUAUCUAUGACAACUAAUGUUGAAAAAAAAUCAUCAAUAUCAUGUCAAACUUCAAAUAAUUCUGAAAAUUUAUCUGAUAAUCGUAAUGCCGUAGUUACUAGUUGUAUAUUAACACAAGAUGAAACAAAUCGACAUGAUAAUAUUCCGGUAACAACAAUACAAAAUUUGCAUUCGAUAUCUGUUAUUAAUGAAAAUCCUAAUAUAGAAAUUGAAAUAGAUCGAUUAAAUGAAGAACGAAAUGUUACUUCAUCGACUACUAAUGAAAGAACACCAGCAAGAAUAUCUUAUCGUACGAAUCCUGAUGGAACACAAGUUCGUAUAUCACGACCACCAUUACCAACAAAUCGUCAAUCACCGUUUUUCAGUUCUUUACGUCGAACAUCAACAGAUGUAACUUCUAUUCAACCAAAUACAAAACAAAUGUAA